AUGCCCUGUCCAGUCGCUCGUCAGGCGGAAACGACCGGCAAGAAGAAGCUGAAGAUCCCGUCAGGGUUGGUGUUGUGGGCAACGGACCAGGGUAGCCUGGAAGAGCAGUCCGUCGAGGCGAAACCCUUCAAGGCCUUCACCGUUCCGUGGAAGUUGACGGCCAGAACCAAGGUCUAUGUUGAGAACUUCACAUGGGCGACUCGCGGUGGAGGUGCGGACGGUGAGGACAAAAAAGACGAUGCCAAGGAUGACGGUGAGGACAAGAAAGAUGGUGACAAGGAUGAGUGUGAGGACAAGCCGGAACUCGACUUCGUGAGCCUUGGUGACAUGAACAAGGUGUUGAACCACCUUGAGGCACCGCGCAAUGGCAAGGCAGUGUGGUGCGGCGAGGGCCUGGACGAUGUCAAAGUCUACGGGGCUGCUUUGGACACGGCGCUGCAGACGCACUUUGUGACGCGCUUGGACCCAUGUCGCGAUGCUGACGGCAAUUGUAGUGGCUGGAACCUCGUGCCCGUGGGACUGGCAUGGCGCAUGGCCAAGCAGCUGGCGAUCGAUGGCCGCACGGAGCUCCCCAAGAAGAUCAAAGCUGACGAGUGA